ACGACACAGCUCCUUCUAGUGCUGUUCAUUUGAAUCAGAUUCGAUAGUUGAAAGCAAUUAGGACAUCCUGCUAGCUUCGUCGAAUUUUUCAUCACAGAGUCGUAUAAUUCUCGUUUAAAAUUUUCAAGAAAAGUCGGAAAACAAGCGAAUCUGCGACGAUGGAUCAACACAGUACUGCACAACAAACCUCGCCGCAGCAGCCGCAGCUGCCGACGUUUCUGAAGGCCGUUUCCAAGAAUCGCAACAACUUGACCACCGGGAUUCUGUUUCAACAACAGCAGCCGCAGGGGAGCGGGAAUGGGAGCAACAGCGGCAAUAAUAACAGUGCGACCACUUUCAACGGAGACCAGUACAACAACGGAGGCAAGCGGCAAAAGAUCGCCUCUGAAAAUGGCGUGUCCGCGGUCUUCCCAACCAGCGCAACGAAAAUUCUAGCAAACAAUGGGCCGCAAGUGGUACAAGGAUGGAGAUAUUUUAUCGCCUUUUCUCAUGCUGAGACUUCUUUUUGCAUGUCUAUUCUAUCGGCCAAGUUGUGUCAUGCAGAAAAAGAAGUUGCAACUAGCAACCCCCAAGAACUACAAGAGAGAACAACUUAAUCAAAAAACAAAACAGCACACGUCCAACAGCAUCCCGCAGUCGCAAAUUACGAACAAUUCCGGAGUCUCGCCCGCCGUCCAGGCCCAGGAAUUUAGUUUUCUGCGGUUUUUACGCUCCACCUUCACCUCGGUCACCGGGGGUUCUUCUGUGGCGGGGGAAAACAACAACUACAGCCUGAGCCAGCAAUCCACGCAGAGUGCCGGUACAACUUCCUCGUACCACCGCGGGGGCAACUUUGGAAAUGGGAGUGACCGCACGUCUCCGGUGAAGAAGGGGUUCUCUUCGCCUGCAAAAAAUACCUCUCCGGCCAAGAACAAAAACACGCAGCAGCAGCAAGGUGGUUCCGCCGUGAAGCGCAGUUUGAUCUUUUCGACAAGGAAUUCGAAGUCCAACUCACCGAAGAAACAGAUUGGCAGCCAAGGCGCCUCUUCAAGCACCUACUCCGACAACUCGAACGGGACAACGGUCACCACGGCGAGCACCAGUUUCAACACGACUAGCAAUUAUGACGGAGCUGCUACAGUGGGAUCUUCGCAACAACUGAACUCUUCUUACCACGAGUCCGACUUCGCCGCGGGUGGCGGGUCCGCGCAGAUGCAGACGCCGUUAUGAGAGUGCACAAUUCCCCCUCCCCCUCAUUUGUGUUGCAUACACAGGAAUACAAACACCAGCACGCGUGGAGCCAGUGCAUGACAAAUUCACUCGCCUAGUGUAGUACUGUUUGGGCUUUUGGAAUCUGUCAUGCAAACAGUGCCACAGGGAAGCACUUUGGUUUGGGGUUUUGCAUGACAAAGGAGGGGGAAGUGGAGUUGUGGACUCUCAUAGCCGUCGAAAAACAACCAAAAAAGCAUCGACAAGCACGUUUUUCAGACGCCGAACAAAUCGCCGGCGGGGCGAAGAAGCAUGCUGGACGGCUGCGUACCGCACCGGAACAAUCGGGAUCAGAAUAGCAGUACAACUACUGCGCAAAACAACAAUACGGUGACGCCGAAGAAGUUGCCGUCGUACGAAAAUAGCAAUUAUACCGGGUCGAACAACAACUAUGCGAGUAGUGGUGGCAACGUCGCCCACGAGGAGAGGAGCAGCAGUACCAACUUCCAGCAUGAGAAGCCUUCUUCCGGCGCUUCUGGAACAGCUACGGCAGCGGACAAUCGGAAGUGGAUUUUGGACGAGCAGUCGGGGACGUUGAUCGAGGUGUUCGGGGCGGGAAGUAGUACUAGUCAGGGACUGAAACGUGGCUCGCCGUAUGAUGAAGCGGAGAAGAUCCGGAAUAAUUCUGCCAGUAGAGCUGCUCUAGUACCGGCAACCUACAACGCGGCUUCUUCAUCUACUUCCUCUGCAGAAGCGAAUUUGAAAUUCACCACCCCCAUGAAGGACAAAGAAGAGGAUUCGCUCACAGCACAGCACGGGAGUAACGCGGUGCCGAAAAAAUCUCCACAGCCGGAAAAAUCGCCGCAGCAAACGGCUUAUCAAAUGUAAAAGUGUCUGGGUCUCGAAACUUGUAAUGCUGAGUUGUGAAUGGUGAACUCUCUGUAAUGCACAACCAAGCAUGACAAGUAUUUGCGCUGCUUAGUGUUGGGCUUUCCGCAUGACAAACUGCGUUUAGCAUGACAAACAAAAGUACGUGUCUCUUCUUGGACACGCAUCACAAACUCUUCAGUCAUGCCAGACAAGCAUGAUAAACCUUGCAUCCUCCCAGACCCAGACACUUUUGCAAUCCAUACGGCUUCGUUGAAGAAAGCGAGAUCGAUGGCGACCGAGGUGAGUCUGGACGACAUUUUGGAAGAGGCGAUGAAUUUCAAAAAAGAACCCUUUGUCUUCUCCGCGAACGGCCGACGGAGCUGGGUCGGGGGGAACAACAGUAACGGCGGGGAGAAAGGAGACACAGCCUCCAAAAACCCGAAGCCAAAACGACGGGCUUUGGCGGAUAAGACCAACGUGGUCGCCGUGCAGAAGGAGCUGUUUGCGAAGGCGCAGCAGUUGGGAGGCGCGUUCUCCUCGUCGAAGCAGAAUGGUACUAUGUUGUACAAAACCACUUAUGUUUGGUUGUUUCGGAGGCUUUGAGAUGUGAUGACAGUACAACUACGUGUGAUGCAAAAUCGUGCAUGAAAACAUAUUUUGUGAGGCUGAAGGGCAUUGGCACCUAAUUCUUUCUCCCCUAAAACCAGAUCCGUCGAAACAAGCCGCGAAGCCGACCAGCGCGACCCGCAUCGCCAACGACCCAACCAUAUCACACAGAAAAAAGCAGGCAGGUCAGAUCUGUAAUGCGAAAAUGAGUAGACACUAAACUCUGUAUAGCGUGUCCUAAACAGCAUGCUAUGCAGUUGCCCAUGACAAAUUUUUCUGCGUAUGUAGUUUUGCAUUACAGAUAUGCCCUGCGUUCUUUUUUAUGGGGGAUACACCACCCCACCGUUAACCGAGAAUCUGGUGGCGAAAGACACGGCAAUCAUUUUGGAUAUGGCGUUCUCAACUGUUACAUUCUCAACUGUUGCAUGAAUUUGCGAUGCAAGAACGGCAAAAGCAAAAGGGGCGACCUUGCGCGUCUAGCAUGACAGAUUUGGCACAGAUUCCCAGCCUAUUUGGCUCUUCGAGAAUUUGUCAUGCGAAGCAGCUUGAUCGUAUCAAGUCUAAUUGUGAUUUUGCAUGACAAAUCAUGUCACAGUUGAGAGUGUAACAGUUGCGAGCGCCAUACUGGAUUGGGAUGACACGCUCUUUCCUACCACGAUGCUAAAAAUGCAGGUCCCGCCGCAGUACGUUUCUACCCCCAACGGGGUCCGGCAGGCCCCGGUGAACGAGGAAUUUGACAGUUAUUGUCUGAAUGUCCUGGGCCCCAUGGUGAUCAAGUUUUUGGAGGACUUGGUCGCGAAGGUGGACCGGAUUGACCAGGCGAAUAGUAGUACCAGUACAUCAACUACUUCUGCGGUCGGGAACAGCAGCAAGCAAGAAAAACACGACAAGACCAAAAAAUCCUCUUUCCACAGCCUCCGCUUUUCCAUCAUCACCAACGCGAUGCCAGACUGGGUUAUCACACGGAAAAAGCAGGCAGGGCACAUUUGUAAUGCGAGAACUAAUCGACAGAAAAAUCUGUCAUGGGCGAGAGUCCACAGCAUGCUGCUUCGGAUACGGAAAACAGAUUCAGUCUAUUUGUUUUGGCAUUACAAAUGUACUGCCCUGGUCUGCUGUUUUCUGGGGGAUAUGGGUCCAGGCUUGCGUGGAGCGAUACUACCCGAAGCGGAUGAAGGACUUGCUGGAGGUGAUUGACUAUCCUCUGCGGACGUAUCGUACUUACUAAUUCAUUGCAGCGCAGCAUGAAAAAUCUGGCCUCGUGUACCUCAUUUGGCAUUAGAGAUUGAAUUUGUCCUCCCCAAAUUUGCGAUGCAGUUUCUUCUAGUGCGAUGCUUUUGCAAUGCAUAGCGCCGUUUUGUCCGCCCGGGAAAAGUACUUUGGCUACAAAACCGGACAAACCAACACGUACAUGGACGCGGCGGAUCCGUUGAAGUGGAAUAUCCUGUGCAAGAACGUCCCCACGACUCCAGAGUUGUCAUGCAAAUGCGCUAUGCUAUGAACAUUUGUAAUGCGCAGGUCCAUGAGAGGCAUUUCCAACCGUGUUUUGGAAUUUGUAAUGUUGUAAACAGGAUGAGAAAAAAUUGGCUUUCUCAUGCGGCUUCCCUUGCCAGCCAGCACUUCGCUUCUUAGAGACACUUGUCACGCGCAGCUCCUAAAACUUGGAGAUUUGUGUUGCUGGACUCCCAACUUGAUUCUGAGGUGGGGACGUUUUUGCAAAGGAUAUUGAAAGUGUUUACGUUUGGCGGCUGGUUGGGCGACCGGAUUCGGGAAGGGUCGAUGGGGAAAGGUAUAAUUUGUACGAUAGUUGUGUUGCAUAACACUAUGCAUAAGGACAAGUAAGGGCAAGGUCAGUGGGAAUUUUUUUGUUAUGCGGAGCUUUGAAAGCUGAGUGAUAAUUUGUCGUGUCUAGUGCUAUCGCAAACUAAAAACCACAGACUACCACCUUAUCGUUGCCGGUGACAGUCCGACGGAUAUUGCCGCUGGUCACGCAAUGAAACAGGCGAAAGAGGACGGUCCGAGCUACGUGACUUCGGUAUAGAGAUGUUUUUGGUUGGAACAGUUUGGUUUCUAUUGCUGGUACAUGACUACAAGAGAUGAGGUUGUUGUUGCUGAGUGGCGCAUGACAGUAACUAAACGUGGAUCCUGCUCGUCAAAUACGAUCAGACAAUAUGUAAUAGAGAUGAUCAUCCACGACUGAAAUUCUGAUGGAAAGCAAUGCUCAAAAUUGUAAAACGCGCCAAGACUUCAUCUAUACGAGUAGUUACUAAUUAUCAUGAUGACAGCAUACCAAACUUCUGGCUAGAAUCUUGUGUGAAAGCACGGGUUCGGGCCACGAGCAAUACAAAUUGGUUCAGCAUUACAAAUCAAAUUUGUGAUGCGGAUUUCCAUUAGGAAAAAGAUUUGUCAUGCAUAACUGCAAUCCUCAGAUGCAAUUAGCUAUCAUGAUGACAGCAUACCAAAUUUCUGGCUAGAAUCUUGUGCGAACUCGCACGGGUUUUCUGUGCCGAAGAAUCAAAUGUAACUUUUCUGCCUGAAACAUAUCAAAACGAAAUUUCUGAUGCUGGAUUUGCGUACCCAAAUCCGAUUUAUCUUGCAGUAAGGCAGCGCAGCCAGAUCCUCGCUGGGUCUAGUUGUUUAGCAUUACACACGGCUGUCCCCUAGGCGCAACAGCAUGCCAAAUCGCUUCCAUAAUGGCGCGGAAGCGUCUGCGCUUGUCUUCUUGCAAGACAGACGUGAUUCGUGGUCUCAAAUCAGCAAGGCAAAUUUGCGGAAACAUAUUUUCCCGCUCUGGCUAGAAUCUUGUGCAAAAGCACGGGUUUUCUGUGCCCAAGAAUCAAAUGUAACUUUUCUGCCUGACACAGCGCUUUACACACAUUGAAAUCUUCGCAAAAAGAGGAUCUGAAGCAAAUCUAAAUCGUUCAAAAAACGAAGCGUAUUAUUGGCUUUUUUCAACAUGAGGAAAAUAUACCCAUUUCUCGCGAGCUUGUCGCAGACCUGCGAUGCGCGCAAGAAAAACAAUGUAACUUUUCUGUCUGAGAAGCCGCAAGAAAUUAGGGGGCCAUGCGUGAUCAAUGUCGCGGGUGAAGAAGAUGAUGCGAAUCGCGUCGUGGGGGCACAUUUAGUAGGAAAAAAGGCUGAAUUUGAAAGGAAAUGAAAGGGAGCAACGAUCUUGCAAUCCGGCUUGUCAGGCGUACGGUCGGGCAUUGCUUGGCGGGGUAGAGGAAAAGAUGUUGUUCUGCUACUGAAAUAUGCAGCAUCCAUCUGCUUCACGUGAAAAUCAGGUUGCCUUCACCGCCCGCCCCUCCACCCGGAUGCUCUCGACCCAGUUGAGGCGGUUUGAAACGGACUUCAAUCUGUUCCUGCAACUCAAAUUCGGGCUGGGCGUCUCCAUGUGGCUGGUUUUUCCCGAUAUGCAUUGCAAAAGUAUCGUACUAUAAUUUCUAGUGUAAAUGGCAUUCCAAAUUUGCUCAGCAUGAAAGCUGGAACUUGUCAUUGUGUUUUUCCUUAAGAACAAGACUUGUCAUGCAAUAUUGCAACUAGUACGAGGGCGCGAUACGUUUGCACAGGAUACCCGAUGGGAACUUGCAAAACCAGCGAAUCGCGGAACUCCACGGGUUGCAGGAUGCGGAAACGGUGUUGAGUUUGCCGAAGAUUGGGAGUGGGAAUGUGAAGACGUUUUCGCAACUGUACUUGGAGCAGACGGGGGAUUGGGUGGAGGACGUACAGUUUUUUUGGCGACAUUUUCGCAUUACAGAUUUGUUUCGUCUACUGGAGAAUGCAUAACAGAUUCUUCAAAACAUGAUGACCAACUGUUUUAAUCCACGUCCUCUGAGAUGGAAAAUCGAUGAGGAUGCGAAAACAAUUGGAAGCUGAUAGGACUGACAGGAUUUAUGAUCAGGUGCUACUUGGCACAAUGAAAGUAGGCUCUGUAAGAACUCUGGGAAAACCAGAAGCAUGAGAAGUUUUUAUCCAUGAUGACCAAUGUUGUAAUCCAUGUCCUCUGAGCGGCUUCCACGAGCCAUCUGAAGACAAAACAAUUUGAAAGCUGAUAGGGCUGAUAAGUAUUUGUCGUGCAAGGAGCUCUAAAACUGAAUCACUUUGAUUUCUGUAGACACAAUCUCCGCUAUACCUACCUACAGGCCGUCGCCCUGGAACCGCAGAAGAAAGCUGCAACCGGGGCUGAUUUAGAUCCGAUGUACUACAACGGGAUCAACGCUGGCUACGAGGACUAUUCCCCGUUUUCCAAUGGCGUUCCGCAAGACAAGUACAAUCGCGCUAGCAACCCGCGGGUCCCGCUCUUGAGCAGUAGCAUGACAAACAACCUCUCAACUUCCUCCAAAAACCAGCGAGUGAUCGGUUUGUUUGAAGAGCAGAAGCCGGUCCAUCAAUUCCGGAAGGAUCAUUUACUGAUGAACGCGGAGGGGCAGAACGUCACUGCGGAUAUCGAAAGCAUGAACGCCCGGAUGGAGUUGCAGAAACCGAGUCCGCACAACUUUCUGUACUUAAUCCAUCCGGAGGAAUUCGCCUACGCGGAAUCGCUGGAAAUGAUCAUUUCCAGUCGGAAAGCGUUAGCCGCGAUGCAACAGGCCAGGUUGCGGGCGAUGCAACACCAAUAGGAGGGUUGUGGAGAGCAGAGGUAGAGCUAGAGAAGGUGAGUGACAGUGGUUAAAGAAGUAGGUGACAUCACCUCCUCGCACUGAAAAUUUAGAUUUUGGUUUCAGAACUGAAAAGAGAACUUGUUUCAUCAUCAUUUUCCACUUUUUUACAAAACGAACCCUGUAGUUCAUAUCCUUGUUUCGCUUUUUGUCAAAAUGAACCUCUAGUAACGUUGUAUCUUGUUUCGGACGGAUGAAUUUUGAUUUUUUUUUGUCAAUAUGAAGAGUUUUCUUAUUGCACGGUAUAGAAGUAGAACCCGUUUCGCGUUUCGCGCACACGAAAAUUUUGAUUUUUUUGUCAUUAGAGUUUCCUCUAGAAAACGCACGUUCAGACGAGUCUCAAUUCUUGUACGUGGCUCGUGCAGGAUCGCAAUGUCAAAUUUGAGUCUCAGAAGUCUAUUGCACAGAGAAUUCUUGUCGUGGUUAUUGCAUCAGAAAUUUUGUUUCGCUUUUGACAGCUUCGCUUUUGACAGCUUGAUCUUCACUUUUGACAUCAAUGUACUCCAAAUAUGUUGCAAAUAAUUUUGUUUUCACAGCACCCAGUUUGUGAUGCAAUCGCAGUAGCGAGAACUACCAGGACUGAUACUUUUUUUUCGGCCAUGAAGUGCCGGAUUCACAGCCUUUUCGCCGUGACACUUUAACAUCUCCUGCUAAUUCUGAUUUUCAUCUUGACGAUUUCGCGGGUUUUAGAGAUUUGGUUUCGAAGCUGUAUCUUCGCAUUUAAUGAAUCUUGAUAGACAUCUGGCCCAAUAUCUACAGGAAAGAUUAUGAUGACAGCAGCACUGCUUUCAACAGCAAGGGCUACAUCUCGCGAGCGUCAAAAUUCUCCAGACAAUUUUUGUGAGCUUUUUUCUCAUCAAGAAAUGUACUUAUUGAAAACUCUUAU